AUGGCCGAGCCUACAAUGGUGCGGCUAAGCCUGCGGGCAGAGCCAGCGGAGCCAGUCGCGGCCCUCGAGCAGAGUUCUCCAGAGGACGGUGCGGCGCCGGAGAAGCAGGAAACCGCACCGGCCCCGGGCUUUUCAGUCAGCUACAGCGUCCUGGGGCAGCCAGAGGGGCAGGCGGAGGCCCUUCCCGCGGCUGCGCAGACGAGCCUUGUCUGGGAGAAGGAGCUGCCGCUAGUCGUAGACGAGGCAUUCGUACGAACCGCCGCCGCCGCCUAUGGCCGCGUAUGCAUCUGGCUUCGCCCCGGUUCUGACCCCCCCCCAGCAGCGAAGCCCCCACCGGGGGCCAAAGAGGGUUCCAAAGACAGAAGCCAAUCCAAAAGCGGCAAGGGUGCGGAACCCCCCGGAAAGGGGGAAAGCUCUAAUGAAGCCAAGGCAAGUGGCAAAGGAGCCCCAACUCGCUCAACGAGCAUCAAACCGGGGGGCAGUAAAAGCGUGUCCCCGGCACCCCCUGUAACUUCGAGCCCGAGUCCGGAACUAGGAGUGGGUAAAACAGAACACGGGGGGUGCGACGGGGGGCCUCCGAGGGGGUGGGGAGAAAAGGAAGGGGCUUGUCUACUGGUGUUGGAGGCGGCCCCCUUGUUGGCGAAUCGGAUGCACGUGGAGCGAAGUUUUUCGCUCGAGGGGGGUGCGCCGCAGCUGGAUUUGAAGGGGGGGCUGGGGGUGGAAGCGGCGCCGUCGCUGGCGGGGGCGCUGAGUGUUGCGGGAGUGCUGAAAGGGUAUUCGAAAGUGGUCGUGACGGCUACGCUUACCCAGAAGCUGCUCCCAGAUCCAAUAGCCGCGGCCCUGAACCCGGUGGUCUUGACACCGCUCCGCCUAUACUCGCUACCGGACCAGCCUGCGUCAGCCCACGCCCUUGACACCUUGUGUCAACCGCCCCGAGUGGAGCUCCGGCUUCCCGGCGUCCACAAGGCCUUCUCUCGCACUGCAACGUCGCUCCCUUGGCGCGCGCCCUCCAGCUCGCCACGUGGCGCCUCCUCGGUGCCCCUCCAAGUGCGGGACGCGGUCUUCGACGGGCCGCCGUGCAUCCUGCUCGCAGGCUUGCUGCCGGCCGGCUCCUUGUACGAGGACCUGACGUCAGCCCCUCUAGAGGUCCGCAUUCUGGACCGCAGCCUUUCCGCCCGGGGGAACGCUCCGGCCAGCCCCUCGCCGGAACCAGCUCAGGCACCUUCCCCUGGAGAGACUCCGCCACCCACAGCCGCCCCCGCAAACGCCACGGGCGACCGCCCGCGCCUUCCCGACAGCUGCGGGGUCGCCCGCUUAUCGCUCUCCGAGCUGUGCCGCGGCGAGGCCGACGUCAAAACGCGCGCCCCCGUGUACCCGGUCGGCAGCGCGGCCGCGCUCGCGGCCGGGGAGGAGAACGACUGGCGGACCCGCCCGGGGCUCUACAUGCAGGCGGGAUCAAGCAUUGCUCUGAGAGUUGAGGCGGCGGUUCCGCUGGCGGAAGCACCCGGAACGACGCGUCCGUUCGGACGGAUCGUCGUGCGGUUGGCCUAUGCGGACGGGCCGGUCCUCAACGCUGUGCUGGCGGAGGUGCGCGCGGUGAACGCGGCCACGCUGCGGCUGGCGGGCGAGGAGCGGCACGUGCUCACGACGCUGGCGACCAUGCAGCUGACGCCCGCGCAGCAAACGUCGCCCGAACUCGACGUCAUCACCGGACUCCAGGCAGGCUCUCAUCUCUCCGUCAUCGACGGCGAGAUACGGCUGUUGCUGUUGGAGGGCCUCCGCAGCGGAAGCUAUCCGCGGCUCGAGGCGAUGCUCCGCCGGGAGCAGGCGGCCGCGCCAGAACCCUUGCACGUGCUGAGCAACCCGGACGUAGGGUUUAGGGAGCGGCUGUACGGAACGCUAGGGGCGGACGUGCAGCCGUUCAAGCUCCGGGCUUCGCUCGCGCACAUUGCGAGCGAUCCAAACGGUGCCAUCGCGGGGCGUCUCAAACCGGAGUGCCACGAGGGGGUUAUCCGACUGGAGGCGCUGGCGGGGAUGACUCGUCUGCGCAAGGCGGCGCCAAUGUUCCCGUCCGCGGUUAUGGUGGAAGCCGUCUACCGUAAGUACGGCGGGGAGCUGACGUCACAGGACGUCACCGGCCGCCCCGAGGAGCCCACAGCAAACGCUGCCGCCGCCGAAACCUCGGCUGACGAGGGAGAGUCGGGACCCGACGCGGAGGGCGGCUCGCCGCGCCGCGGCCGCGCAACCGCGGCGCGCAAAGGCCACACCGACAACACCAACGACGAGUUCAUGAGAACGCGUCGCGCGCGCGCCACAAAAAACCAGCACAAGGAAAACCUGGCUAGGAUCGGCGCGCUGUCCGAGAAGGCGCACGCGGUGCGCGCUGCUUUGCGCGCGCGCCAAAGAGCAGUGCUUUUAGAAGAGGAGAAAAACACGCCCCGAGAGCGCUCGCCCACUUUUGACACGACCCUGCAUAACAAACCCUUCUUCUGGCCCGCUCCGCGCGAGGCGGCCGCGUUCCGGACGUUGCCCAACCAUCCCAGCGAGGCGCGCACGGAAGAACUAAAUCAGCCGUGGGAAGAACCCCUGACCGCGACCCUGAGCCGGGAGGGCGACCCCGACUCGCUGCCCUUCCAGACCGUGGUCGCCCCCGCGAACGGCGCCCUGUUCGAGCGCGACGGCUCUUUCUUCACGUCCGUCUUUACGGCCGCGGACUCGCUCGCCAAGAAGAAGACCAUUGGCCGGGACGACAGCAACCCCUCCGGUCCUCGCUUCGACACCGUAACUCCGCUGCGGAAAACCGUGGGUCAACUAGACAAACUGUCGGGCCUGCUGCGCGACCCGCCGCGGAAACCGGGCCUCACCGGGCGCGCGCGCUUGGAUGCUUGCCCCGUGUCCGCUCUGAGCGCAGAACCGUACGUGGAAGGCGCCCAAGAGACGGCCAAGGUUGACCCGGCACCCUUUACAAGCAAGAACGUGGACUUCAGGCGCCACAUUUCCCCGCCCAGGAGUACGGUCGCGAAGCGCGCGAUCACCGAGGUGACCGCAUCGGAGAAGGCGGCAAACCCCGCGUUCCAGCAAAGCGCCCUUAGAGAGCCCAUCCAGCACCAGUCUGUCUUUAAGGUGACGAGCUGGUACGGGAAACCAGCCGCCCAAGAACAUGCAUGA